AUGCGUUGGCUAUUACUGUUAGGCACUGCUGUGGUAGCAGCAGCUAAGAAUUCACUCAAGGAAUCACAACAUUUUUGUGAAAUUUAUGUGGAAUGUGCAGCAGUAGCGCAACUAGAAGAGCGGUUAUGUUUAGGAAAUUCAAUUUUACGUCCGUACUGGUUACCAGACUCACGUGACAAACAUAACUGCCAUGAAAAAUUACGGAAUGAUUACAUAAUCUUAGAAAAAAUGGAGGAGGAACUCGACCAUUUGCUCACAUCCUGUCUUAUUCAGAAUACGAUUCCCUUCAGCAAUAACCAGGUGAAACAGUGCGACUCGAUCGUUUUGAAGUCGGCAUCGAGAUUCUCGUACGGGCGUAAUAUCUACUAUGUACCCACUCAUUGCUUCGCUGGUGUCGAAAGACGACGAGAACGAGAGUGUGGACAAGUGCGAAGUUGUUGUUUUGCGUUGUCUAAAUGUUCGCAUAUUCCUACCCAAUCCGCACUGGGCAAAUCAAUAAACGAAACCCGCAUCAGGAUGAGGAAGAGAGCAAAGGAUUGCGAAAAUGGCAUCCCCAUAGAAAAACUAGGCCUACCUCCUGGUUAUGUUCCUAAUGAAGGGAGUACGAUAGGAUCAGGUUCUGUUAGUGUCAAUUUCAGCGAAGGUGGCAGUAAGGAGAGCGGAGAUGAUGGAAGUGGUUAUGUGAAUGUGCACAUAACAUCCGCGAGCGAGGGUGGAUACAAUAAUCAAGCGAGCGAAUAUAAGGCAGGGGAUGGAAGAACGACUGGAUACGAUCAGGGCGAGACUGUUGGCGAAGGUGGCCCCGGUGGAGAUGGAGGCUAUGAAAAGGUGAACUUUCCUCGUUCGUCUAAUCGUGAAGGAGGCAGGCGAAGUGAACUGAGAGACGACAAUGGCUCGCUUACAUUUUCUAGCAGGCCGAAAUUAUCGUUCCCUGACGACAAAAUGGCUAUAGCUACCAGCAAAGGCAUCUUAGUAGUGAAUAUCCAUGAAAGGACUUCAAACCUCACCAACAAACGAUCGUUCCAUCGGAGCAACAAAACUCAUGAUCAAGCGUUUGAACACGCUUUGAAGAACACCAACGAAUACAAAGCUAAGGUCGAGCAGUUGAACCGUGGAGAAGCAGCACGCACCGGACUGAACAGUCUGUUACAAGCUGGUCAGGCGCUCGGAAAAGUGUCCUCCAAUCCGUUGGUGAUUUCCGGAGCUGUAAAGAAUGUUGUGCCGAAAGCUUCUGGAUCCAGACGCCGUCUUGAAAUGACCGAUGAUCAAAGCGAUGAAGGCGGUCGACGCGGUGAAUUCGUGACAUCAUCGCCAGUGAUUUUUGUUCGAAAAAGUGCAAAUUCUAAGAACCUUAGUCGAGCUGGAGACUGUAUAGAACCAACGAUAAAGAAACAAUCAAAGAGACUGCAGGUGAUUUUGGCGUUGUUAGGAGAGAAGAAAGACUCGGAAGAUAUGAAAGAAAUCAAAGAUCUUGUCGAAGAUUGGCAUAAAAAUCUUCGUCACAGAGUAGUCUCUGCUAAGGAGAAAGCUAAAAAAGUUGAGAUUGCGAAGGCUUUGCAAGAUCUCAUCAAUCAAUUCGAUCGAGUCAAUCUUCAGCUGAUCAGAAAUGCAACUGUCAAUGAAGCCGAUUACCCUGAUGAAGACGAUGUAGUCGAUGUAAAACGUUGCGAACCGAAUGAAGAAUUUAGCAAAGAUGGAGCCGUCCAUCAGCAUCACAAAGAACCUGCUGUAGAACCCAAACAUAAAUUCGAUCGAGCUAACAAAGAAAUCCGAACCAAUGAACAUGGUGAUCACAUAGUUCUUGAAGAAGGGGUCGAGAAAGUGAUUUUAUCCGUUGGUGAUGCUGAAACUGCUGCCGACCUUAAUGUGGAUCCAGCUAAUACUAGUGUCCAAGUAGACGAGAAGGUGGAUUCAUCGAGUAAAGAGGAUAACAUUAUUCACGACUGGUCAAAUGAGGAAUAUAAACGGGAAUUGGAGAAAUACAAAAGAGAACAUCACAUAAAUUCCACUACUGAUGGCAGAAAUGAAACUUCUUGUGAUUUAUACAUGCGAUGCCGGAAUCAAAUGCAUUUAGCUGUUGAUAGUUGUGCUUGGAGAUUUGCGAGCAGUAAAAUAUUGCCAACCUUAGCGGAAAGUGCUGAAAGUCUACUUUACAAGGGAGACGAAUUUUGUGAUCCUGCGGAACAACCGCUCUACGAGGAGCUGUAUGAAAUGGUUAUUAAUCGUAACACACGUCUACGAACAUGCCUAGACAAAAAGAAUACGAUUUUCUUCUCAUCAUCGAUCUGUGUACCGUACUCUACGAAAGAGCAUGUGCUAUUUAACUCUGCAUUUCUUCGGCUGCUGAGCGAAGAUUACAAGCAUUCAUCGGAAUGUUUCCGUGAUGCGAAUCUGAUCCAGGAAAAAUGUACUAAGCUCAGAGAAUGUUGUCCGAACUUUGACAGUUGUCGCCAGGAAACCAUGGAUAUCACGUUGGAACAGGCUAUUAUUAGCAAAACAGCGCAACUGAACGAAGAUAAACAGAACUGCCUCAAACAGAAGGCCCGUGAAGCUUUCAAAAUGACUUUGAGAGAACUUCUCGGUAAAGGUAGCCGGGAAAUGCUGCAGAAACUGAAACGAGGUGAACUGGGAUUAGAUAUUGUCCGCGGAGCGCAAGCACUUGCUAGGUUAAGAUGA